AAAUAUUUUGCAAAAGUGGAACUUCUCAAAAACCAGGCAAUGAUAAUUCUACUGGGUGAAACAAUGAGGAAGCUUAGCUGUGGAUUCUGAAUGUGAAUAUUGUUGAAUGUAAAAUAAAAAAAACAGGCCAUCAGGAACCUCAGUCCUUAAAUUGUAAAAAGUGCCGCUAUCAGGCUGUAGCUGCAGUCUGGCGCCUACUUUCAGAAAUACACAACAACAGCAAAUCAAGUAUGCCAGCCAUUAUUUGGACCUUCGCCAGUUUCCUCAUUAUAACCAUGAAAAGCUUUGCUGAGAAAGAAUUUGAGCUCUGUGUUACUCACAGCUAUGGCAAAAAAGACCUAUCCAACCACAAUCUCACUGAAGUUCCAACCGGAUUAUCCCUAAAUACCCAGUACCUGGAUCUGUCCCACAACAAAAUCUCGAGACUAGAGAGCAAUGCUCUGGUGGGUUUUCCUCAACUCUGUUUUCUGAAACUGAACAAUAACACGAUUCAGUACAUCUCCCCCAUGGCCUUCUUGCACAGCAGUAGAAUAAAGGUGCUUAACAUCUCAAAUAACCUUCUGACAACCAUCCCAGACCUCUCACUGCCUCAUCUCCGGAUUCUGGACUUGUCAGGCAACCUGUAUUCCAGCUACAAGCUUGGAAGCUGCUUCGCAAGACUUACAAACCUAAAGUUCCUCAUGCUUGGGGGGCCAAACAUCAAAGAAAUAAAAUUAGGGGACUUUGCAUGCUUGAGCAAUACGUCAUUAAAACAUCUCAGUCUUCACUCUGAUCUACAACAAUACGAAUCAGGUGCUCUUGCACAAAUACAAAGCUUGCAAGAAAUAACCCUCAUCAUGUCCUUCUGCCAGCGUUUUGACAUGUUUAAGGCCAUUGUGAUGGAUUUAAACCAAACAGAAACUACCGCUAUAAGGCUAAAUCCGUUCUUUCCUAGGUACUGUCAGAUUUCCAGUGAUCCUUUUGAAGGCUUUAAAGGAGCUCAGUUCCUCCGCAGCAUAAUAUUUGUGGAAAGCUGGUUUAAUAGUUCUGUUAUGGUAAAGCUUUUGAAAAAUGUAUUCCAGUCUACUCUUGAAGAACUGUCAUUUAUUGACAUUGUGUACUACGAAGACACUCCUGAUGGAGUUCAAUUCUACCCAACGCAUAACCAAACAGUUCACCUGAGAUCGCUUACAUUCAAUGGGGUGCAGCACCUCCAGUACAGUUACCCAAAAAUCAACAUUAGCGUCACCUAUUUAUCCCAGUUGGCCUAUCUGAAGUUCUCUGGCACUGGAAUGAAUAUUUCCCCUUGCAACUUAAUUUCUGACAUACCAUCACUAAUGAUGUUGGAUUUAUCCAAUAAUCUGCUUUCAGAUGAUGGGUUCUGGUGGCCUGCUUGUUCUUACACUAAAGUCUUUCCGGCACUGAGACAGCUGUGGCUGAGCCACAAUAGGUUUGUCUACCUGUCAUUCAUCUCUAGAAAGACCCACCAGAUGAUGGUCCUCGAAUCGUUGGAUUUGAGCUUUAAUUCCAUUCAGCUGGAUGGGGAGUGUUCCUGGCCUACGCACCUGAUGGAGCUGAGCCUCAGUAACAACAAUCUUGGUAACGGCGUGUUCAGCUACCUGUCACCCCACUUCAGAAGAAUCAAUUUGUCAAAGACGGGCAUAACUGCUAUCACCCAAAAAGACCUCUCAUCCUUCCCGAAUCUAACUCAUCUCAUUUUGAGCUCCAACAGUAUACAAGUGCUUCCAAUGAAUCUACACAUCCCAACUCUGCUCAGUCUGCACGUGGAUCAGAAUGCAAUCACUUCCAUCAGCCAGGAACCAAUACUGGGCUUGCCCAGGCUGCAGCAUCUUAAGGCAGGCAAAAACCCAUUCAGUUGUAGCUGUGAGUCAUACUGGUUCGUCACCUCACUUAGUAAAUCUCUUCUCCCCGAUUGGCCUGUGGAUUAUACCUGCAGUACUCCUCCAUCCUUUGCUGGGGCGUCUCUGGAGGAGUACAAGCCCACUAAACCUUCUUGCUUACCAUGGCUCCAAGCAAGUAUUGCGGUUCCAGUGGUCCUUAUCCUUGUAGCGGCUUUCAGCAUCACCUUCUACGCCUGUGAUGGAAUCUGGUACACUAAAAUGUUGUGGGUGUGGAUCCGGGUGAAGAGGAGGGGUCACAAGGGGGCGGGGCGGCUGCAGAACGCAUCAUUCAGGUACCACGCCUUCAUCUCAUAUAGCCAGCAUGACACAAUGUGGGUGGAGAGCCAGCUGGUGCCCAGGCUGGAGAACGUCGGCCUGUCCCUCUGUGUCCAUGAACGGGAUUUUGUACCAGGCAGGUGGAUUGUGGACAACAUCAUCAGCAGCAUAGAGGACAGCUACAAGACACUCUUUGUGCUCUCACAAAAUUUUGUCCAAAGCGAGUGGUGCACCUACGAGCUCUUUUUCGCCCAACACCGGGCCAUCAGCAUCCAGGACGAUUCAUUGGUCUUUAUUUUACUAGAGCCAAUCCCCGCCAACUGCCUCCCUAAAAAAUUCCUGAAGCUGAGGGCACUGCUCUGCAAGCAGACCUACCUGGAGUGGCCCAAGGAGGAACGCAAGCAGCAGGUCUUCUGGGCCAGUUUGACGGCAAUGCUUCACGGAGCAGAUAAACACCUGGCCAUCAAGAAAGUGGCAACAGACAUUGUGGACACCUUACCACUUAUUGCAGAUCAGUGACAGAGAGCAGAUCCAUGAGCUGAAUAGAUCUGCUCAGGAAUUAUGGCAUGAGGUCGUGCUUUUGUCUUUUAGGAAAAAUUCUAAUUUAACAGCAUUUCUUGCAGAGACUAUCAGUACCGGUCUCCCCAUGUCUUGUGAUUUUGCAACAAUGCACUUUCACUAAGAACUAAAAACAAUUAGUAUCUAAUGGUUAAGUCUGAGAUUGCAGAAAAAUCUAUGAUAUACAAGCACUUUAAACCACUGAUAAAUAUUAAUAUUCAAUCAAAACUAAAUAUUUUGAAAAUGAAAUAUGGAUAAAAAUUGAAAAUAUAAGUCUAAAAGGUUUCUAUUCUAUACCGUUGUGUAUUGUCACAAAAAAGCACUGGUGUGAGACUUAAAAGAGUGACCAGAUGGAUGUUUUUAGAUUCAAUACAUCCAUCUUCCACAACCACUUACUGAGAGUACAGUCUCGCUUUGAGCCUGCAUGGGGCCUGUCUCUGGCACCGCUGGACAUGUGAUGUUCUGGAAAGAAUGCCAAUGCACAUGCACACAUGCAGACACACGCAUGCACACAUGCAGACACACGCAUGCACACACACACAGAGUUCAUAUAUUCUUAUCUCUGUGGGGGCUCUCCAUUCAUUUCUAUGGGUAUAACCCUAAUCCGAACUAUGACGAUCUUAAACCCCACCCAGCCCUAACCUUCACCACAAGUAACCAACCAAACAAAAUACAGGUGUCUUGGCUAUUUUAGUUUUUUUUAUUGCAUUCACAUAAAAUUGAGGUUUACAUUGUGGGGACCUGAAUAGUGUCCCUACAAGUGAAAAAAUAAAAGGUUUUACCAAAUUGUGGGUAUAAACCCGCACUUACACACAAGCAGAAUUAGCGGUGAGAAUCAAACCCGGAGGCUUAGAGAGGCGAAUCCAUACACCGUUAAUCACGGAGCCACCACGCGUUAACAGCUUCAGGACGUAAAAACCAAAAAAGUACAUCUUUGAUUUCUUAAGCCCUUCCGUGAGACAAGUUUUUUGUUUAUUUUUUGAGGUUGUUUUAUGCAAAAUUAUCUUUUUGUAAAUAUUGUUAAAUUGUUAAAGUAUACUUAGCACUUUAUGCACAAUGAGUGACAUGAAUUUACAUUGUAUUCAUGAAAUGUGAUGGAUGUCUUAAACCUUUUCAAUGUGGUAUUCAAGUUUUUUUUUUUUUUAGUUUUUGACCCACCCAACAUAAAAAGUCAGCAAAGUUGUUUAGCAAUAGGCAAUAUAUCGAUUUAAUAAAUGUGGUGUGUUUCUUUGGAAUUCCUUUUUUUCAACAUAUCUGCUUUUGUGCUUUUAAUAUGAGAAACAUUGUUUCACGAUAUGUCUCCAUCUACUGUUAUCACCCAGUAAAUAGUAUAAGGAAUUUUAAGAGGACUGUACUUGCUUUCUGUAUUUUCUUACAAAUAAGUAAUAUGGUUUAUGUAAACAUAUUAGCUACUUGUUAAUAAAUAUUAAGUAGA